AUGAGGAGAUACUGCCCCAGGCUUCAGGGCAAGGCACUACAGCAGGGUCAACAGCUUAUAAUUUUAGUACUAGUUGCCCAGCCGUCUAGAGGUGGAGAGCAGACUGGUAGAGGCCGUCCUAGAGAGCCUAGCCAAGUUUUUGCGUGUGUUGUUUCUCAGUCUUCAUUAUUGGGGCAGAUCAAGGACCGACAAUUCGAUGAUCCACGCUUGGCGGUUCUUAGAGAGACAGUGCUGCAAGGUAAUGCCAAGAAGGUUGACCAAGUCGGGCCACUUCAUUCCAGUGGCGACUACUUAUACUUCAAAGAGGCUUACUCUUCCGAUGAUUCUGCUAGGAAACUUGGUGCUUAUCUUAUUCAAGCUCAAUUGCAGGCUUCUAAUAGCUCAAGUGCCUUAUUCCUAACAGCUGCUGCAAAUAACUUACUGUGUUUAAAAUUGGCUGAGGGGUUAGGAGUGAAAACAUCAAGUAAAUGGCUAACUUGGUUCAAGGUUUCAAGCAUACCAGCAAUUAUAUCUCUUCUAGCAAGUCCAGCUAUUCUAUACAAGAUUUUCCCUCUAGAAAUGAAGAACACACCAGAUGCUCCAUUAAUGGCUAGAAGGAAACUGGAGCAGAUGGGUCCCAUCAAAAGUGAUCAGUGGGUUAUGAUGAUAGUCAUGCUUGUAACUGUUGCAUUAUGGAUUUCUGGAGAGGCUCUUGGGCUAGCAAGUGUUAUCACAGCAAUGCUAGGAUUGUCACUACUUUUGGCAUUUGGAAUACUUACUUGGGAUGAUUGCUUAAGUGAAAAAUCUGCAUGGGAUACCUUAGCUUGGUUUGGAGUUUUAAUAGGGAUGGCAACACAAUUAACUACUCUUGGAGUUGUUGCUUGGAUGUCAAAUGUUGUGGCUAAUUUCCUCAACUCUCUUUCACUACAUUGGUUUGGAGCAUUUUGUAUACUUCUAGGAACAUAUUACUUCAUUCACUACUUGUUUGCUAGUCAAACUGCUCAUGUUGCAGCUUUGUACCCAGCAUUACUUGGAAUGUGUUUGGCAUCAAAAAUUCCAAAUCUUCUUGCUACAUUGUUAUUGGGAUACUUCAGUAAUCUUUUUGGUGCAUUGACACAUUAUAGCAGUGGUCAAGCUGCAGUAUAUUAUGGAGCUGGUUAUGUGGAACUACGCGAUGUCUUCAAAAUGGGGAUUACCAUAGCUCUUAUUAAUAUUGCCAUAUGGGGAUUAGUAGGAGCUGGUUGGUGGAAGAUUCUUGGCCUUUACUGAGACUGAAAAAUAUGCAAGUGAAUCUUGUGUUAGAAAAUAUGGCAAUAUUGACAAUAGAAGAACAGAAAACACUUGAAGAUUUAAAUACUGUGUCAAUGUCAAGUCACUGUCUUAAAAGCGAUUUCAGCUAGGCUAGGUGCAAAUCGUUGAGAUCAGUAGCUCCCAAAGGUUACACGACACUCUCAAACACGUGUACUCAUGACCGGAAGUUCGGAAUUUUGCAUAAAUACAAUUGCCCAGAAACUUAUUGAAGAACAAGAGAAAGAGAGGAAUGUGUUUUCUGUGUUAGUAUAGAAGAGAAAUCAGAACUUGUAUAUACAAGUAAGGAGGCAAUGGUUAGGUGGUAAUAGCCAAGAUCUGAAAUGGCUGUAAGGUUAAUUGUAUUUAUGGUUUAAAUUCAGGAAUAACAUAAUGACUGCU